ACUUGUUAUGUUAAUGUUUGCUGUUUGCUUCUCCGAUACACCGAUGAUAACUGCACAAAAAAAUAUAAUUUUUAUGCUCAUUGGCCAUUGCCCAUCGGCAACGCUAUUCACUAUUCAGUAUUAUAUAGUAUAAUAUUUUUCAUCUUAGUUUAUUGUAAUUUGUAAGUGGUUGCGGUUGCUACAUGCCACUUGCUAGUUGCUAGUACUUGGAAAUUGUCACUGGUGGUGUCUUCUUAAUUUAGUUAUUAAUAUCAAUAUUCAAGUUUUUUUCUUCCGAUUUUCGUGCUCCGUGACGUAAAUAUUGUAGUUUCCAAUCAUGGAUUCAGACAAGUCGACGUUUCAACCCAUAGAUUUAGUGGGCAAAGUUAUAAUUAAAGUUCAAUUAGGCGAUGACAUAAGAAAAGUGUUAAUUCAUAAUGAAUCUAUAACAUAUGAUGAAUUAUUAUUAAUGAUGCAACGAAUAUUUAAUGGAAAAUUAACAGCUAAUGAUGAUCUCACCAUCAAAUACAAAGACGAAGAUGGAGAUUUGGUUACUGUGUUUGAUAGUCAAGACUUAUCAUUUGCUUUACAAACAAGUAGGGUCUUAAAACUGCAAGUAUUUAUGAAUAACUUAAGCUAUCAAGAACGACUGAAGUCAAAACUAAAUCCUGACGAACUAAAAAAACAAUUGCGAGAAAUAAGAGAUGCUGUGACAUGGUUAUUAGAUACAAUUGAAGUUACUAGUGAAGGAAACAAUAAUAAUAUGUCAAAUCCUAUACAACAAGAACCAGUGAAUGUUGCAUCAGCAGAAAUACCAACAGAUAAUGGAGUUACUAAAGAAUUUGAUCCAUUACGUAAUUCUAAAGAAGAACGUUCAAAAACUCCUCAAACUUCACAUCAGGUUAAAUCUGAAGUAUCACAGGAUAGUUUAGCUAUAUCUCAACCUCAAAGACAAACUCCGCCAGUUCAGCAGCCUCAAAUUCCUCAAACUAUGUAUAAUGGACAAUCUCAAGGCAAUAUGAAUCAACACAAUCCUUAUUCUGGAGGACAAAUCCCUCCACCACAAGGGCCUCAGACUAAAUGGGUGAAUCCUUAUCAGCAACCUGGAAUGCGUGCAUCCUAUCCAACUGCUCAAUACUCUUAUCUAUAUUCUACACAAAUACCAGCAUCUGGUUAUUCCCAGAUUACAGCUCAAAUGAAACCACCUACUGGAAAUCAGCCUGUUCAUUCGUUGUAUUAUCCGACUAAUACAACCCCCAAUCCACAAUAUUCUGCUUCUCAGUAUCCAGGACAAUAAUGAUGAAAGUUACUAUGAUAUAACCGCCAACUGAAUGGACUGAUUUACCCAUUUAACAUAUUAAUAUAAUAUAAAUAUAGUGUUUUAUAAGUACAUUCAAAACUUGUUUUAAACUUAAAAAUAAUUAUUCAAAGGACUUGAAAUAAUUGAAUGGUUUAUUAAAAAGGACAAAUGUUUAAUUAAUAUUAUGUAGUAUUUUCAAUUUUAGAGUUUUGUUUUGGAAUUACAAAUUAUUUGUAUUUAAAAUUGACAUAAAUAUAUAAGUUAAUAUUAAGGAAUUUCCCUAUUUAUAUACUUAAAAAAAAAUUUUGCACAACCUGUUUGCAGAUUUUUGCAAAUACUGUUUUUAAAGAAUGAUAAACAAUUUUCAUAUUUUUAGUUAUUGCAUUCCAUCAGGCAGUUUGUAAAUUUUUAUUUUAUGAAAUUUGAUUGAUAAUUUUUCUUGCUAAUACACUAUUGAAAAAAAUAUUUAAUAUAUUAUCCACAUCUUUUAUUAACUAAGGUGUUAAUAAAAUAAAAUAAUGUUGAUAUAUAUAUUUUUUUUAAAGGUGAAAUUUCUACCCAUCGUAAUUAUUAAUUAUGUUAUUAAUUUUAUUUUUGGCUAUAUUUAUAAUUUAUUUUAAAAAUUCUGUAUACAUUUAAAAUAUAUUGAAAAAGAAAUAUACAUUCUCAUGUAUAUUUUCAUUUGUUUAUAUUGUAAUGUAUUUGUAUACCACUCAUGUACUGUAAUUUUUCUACUUUGAAAAAUUAAAUAGAUUAAAGAAAUAUACCAAAAUAUCAUUUCCUAGGAA